CUUGUUGCCUUUUGGAUUUGUUUUCAUUACUGGUGUCAUCAUUGGUGUUGUCGUUAAUAUUGUCAUUGGUGUCAUCAUUGGUGUCGUCUCUGGUGUUGCCGUUAGUGUUGUCGUUGGUGCGUGGUUCUGUUUCUGGGGCGUGGUUGAUGAUCAACC